AUAGAACAGUUUUUACAAGAUGAGAAGAUGUAAAUUGUGUAUGUUCAUUUUGUUCUUUAGUUUUACUGCAAUAUAUAUUUAUUUUAUAAUAACGGACAAGAAUGUAGUCAAUUUUACCAAUAAUAACGGUAGCCAAUUGACUUUGGGAAAAACUCGCCCAGAAAAGAUAGUGUUAUCAUUCGUAGUGUGUGAUUCAAGAUUCAAUGAGUCCUUAAACGUAAUAAAGUCGGCGCUAUUGUUUACGAAAACUCCGUUACACUUUGUAAUUUUUUCCGACGAAGUGUUGCGACCUCUGUUUAAUAAGACUCUAAGCGGUUGGAGGAUACUGACCAAUUUCCAGUUGAAUUUCGAACUACAAAAUAUCAAUUUUCCUGGGGCCAAUAAGCAGGACUGGCUCAAUUUAUUUAGUAAAUGUGCAGCACAAAGAUUAUUUAUUCCAAAAUUAAUAUCUCAUCAUGAUGCCCUUAUAUAUGUGGACACUGACACUGUGUUCUUAGGUCCAGCUGAUGAAUUAUGGAGCUUAUUUUCAAAAUUCAAUUCCUCACAAAUGUCUGCUAUGUCUCUGGAGCAUGAAAAUCCCAGCCUUUCAUGGUAUCCUCGUUUUGCUAAACAUCCUUUUUAUGGGAACUUGGGUCUAAACUCAGGAGUUAUGUUGAUGAACUUGUCUAGAAUGAGAGAUUUUGGCUGGACCGAAUAUGUCACUCCAAUUAUGCUCAGAUGGAAACUGUACAUUCCAUGGGGUGAUCAGGAUAUAAUAAACAUAAUAUUCCACCAUCACCCGGCUGCUGUGAUGGAGAUGUCGUGUCGGUACAACUACCGGUCAGACCAGUGCAUGUACGGUGACGCGUGUCACGACGCGACGAAACACGGUGUUUUUCUCCUGCACGGUAGUCGACGAGCUUUCCACAAUGAGAAGCAGCCUGCUUUCAAGGCAAUCUACCGCGGUAUUGACGAGUACCAGAUCGGCACUGAUCCUUCUAACAUUAAAUUAAAGCUAGAAAACUACAUUUCUGAAGCGCCACCAUCAAACUGUGGCAACAUGAAAAACGCCUUACUAAAGUGUGUUAAACCUGAAAGGUAGUUUUGCUCAUGGUCGUAUUAUUACACAAGAUAUUGAUCUUUAUAAUAUUGUAUUACUCACUAGGUACUUGAAAUACUGUUGCCUGUAAAUAACACCCAGCUUUUAAAAGGGUUUAGGUGAUAAGUGGAUUUUACAGGAAUAUAAAAUACACAGAAAUUUAAAUGGAACCACUCAUGUUAUAAACAUUGAAAAUACUUUUGGGGCAGAACGUUAUUAAGAUAUUUUGUUUAGUUGGACUGUCCACAGGACAUAGAUACGUAGGUAUUAGAAGUAUAUAAUACAUAUAAGCGUGACGCCGUAUGAUUUGAUCAUUUUAUUAGCAGCUACAUUACCUCGCAUUAAGUAUAAAUGUAGAAAAAGUACCGAAUGAUUUAAGUAGCUUGUGUUUUUAUGUUACAAAGACAAAUUUAAAAUUGUAUUGGGCUCUUAACUGAUUAAGGAUGAUCGGGGCAAUCACAUAAUUUGUUAAAUUAGAAAUACUCGUAAGGAACAAAUUUAUAACUGCAUAUCAAAUGCUAUUUUCAGUAGCGACGUAAGUUCAAUUUGACAUGUAUAACUAAUAAUGUAAUCUUAUGAAUAUAAACAACAACAACAAAAUUAAAUUAUGUAAUCAUAUAUAAUUUGUAACAUAAUUGUAGUUUCUAAUGCACAAUUGUCGCACACAACUCACAAUGGAAUUGUACGUCGUUUGUGUAAAUGAGUACACGUGCUAAGCGGCCAGAAGUCUAAGGACACUUACAACGUAAAGACAUAUAGAGUAGACAGGUUAAUUUGUAAAAUACUAACAACUUACGGGACUGUAUUACUUUUUAAAAAACAUAAUAAACUUGCCACAAAUAAACUUUUCACUUUUCGUUGUACACAUACUAUCUGACACAUUUUAAAUUUUUUGUAUUCUUUUAUUUUUAUAAUACCAAGUGACGGGGCGAACAAGUCGUGGGCGCGUGACACGAAUAUCCAUAAUCUUGCAGUGCCACUCAGAGCUUUAAAACGCAAAGAUCGGAUGGGCACUGCCAUUGCGCCUGCCACCCGGAGCCAUAAGUUGACAAGUCCCCUGUGCCUGUAAUUUCGCCAGCACACUUAC